GCCAGGACCGUCCAGCGAGCGCCAGGCGGCGGCGGCGGCAGCGGGAGUCCCCAGCCACAGCCAUCACCCCCUCGGGAGCGCAAGCCGCAGCCGUUCGUCCGCGGAGCUCCUCCGAGCCGGCCAUGGCGUUGUCGAUGCCGCUCAACGGGCUGAAGGAGGAGGACAAAGAGCCCCUCAUAGAGCUCUUCGUCAAGGCUGGCAGUGACGGUGAGAGCAUAGGAAACUGUCCCUUCUCCCAGAGGCUCUUCAUGAUUCUGUGGCUUAAAGGAGUUGUAUUCAGUGUCACGACCGUCGACCUGAAACGGAAGCCUGCAGAUCUACAAAACUUGGCUCCUGGGACCCACCCGCCAUUUAUAACUUUCAACAGUGAAGUCAAAACGGAUGUAAAUAAGAUUGAGGAAUUUCUUGAAGAAGUCUUAUGCCCUCCCAAGUACUUAAAGCUCUCACCAAAACACCCAGAAUCAAAUACUGCUGGAAUGGACAUUUUUGCCAAAUUCUCUGCUUAUAUCAAGAAUUCAAGGCCAGAGGCUAAUGAAGCCCUGGAGAGGGGCCUCCUGAAGACCCUGCAGAAACUGGAUGAGUAUCUAAACUCUCCCCUCCCUGAUGAGAUUGAUGAGAACAGCAUGGAGGACAUUAAGUUCUCCACACGCAAAUUUCUGGAUGGCAAUGAAAUGACAUUAGCUGACUGCAACCUGCUGCCCAAGCUGCACAUCGUCAAGGUGGUGGCCAAAAAAUACCGUAACUUCGAUAUUCCAAAAGGAAUGACUGGCAUCUGGAGAUACCUGACGAAUGCCUACAGCAGGGAUGAGUUCACCAACACCUGUCCCAGUGACAAGGAGGUGGAAAUCGCAUACAGCGAUGUCGCCAAAAGACUCACCAAGUAAACAGCACUUUGGAGAGAGAUGCCUUCAGACUUCCCCCGAGAAUACGCUUUCCUAACCAACUGCUCUGCCUCCUAAAGUAGCAAUGUACUUGGCAUGAACAUGCAGUUAUUCAAGACUAGGACUGAAGCUAGACAAGGUGUAGUCCUUACUUCCAGAUACACACUCCCAACAGUAUUAUUUAACCCCCGCACCUGCCUACGCUACCAUUUCCUCUCUAACUUGGAGACACACUCCAUCGUAAGCUCUCACCCAGCACUCGGGAGUCCUCACGUGUCCAUUCACCGCAUAGCCGCAGAACUCUGAGGUGCAGUGUUGAACCCCAAACUGGUGCAUGAUGCAUGGUACAAGGAAUAUGUAUGGAUUGGGAGGAUUUUGUAAUAUUUAGUAAGAGUACACGAGAGAGAUCUACUGCAUCGGAAAUGCUGUGUUUCAGCUAAGCCAGUCCUGGGAGUGUGCUGAAGGACACUGCCCCUCCUUACCCAGAGGAGCCUUCCACAGAAAGUCAGUACAGACGCCACUGUUUUCUUUGCCUGCAGUUAUUUCUCCUUUAGGGACUGUAACAUCUGACAGUGGAAGCUUAAAGUUAGUCAGGUUUGGGAUGGCAUUCUCACAGCUGCAAACAUCUGACUCUCGCGGGAGGAUCUGGUGGGGGCGGCACUCAGGCCGAGCCCACCUUCUGUUGAGUGCACUCUUGUGCCCAGCGCUACCCAUUCGCUUACCUACCCUUCUCUCUCCCACCUCUCGAGAAGCCCCUUGUUAGGUAACCUCACGUCUUGUCAUCUGUAGAUCUUUUCAGCAGCACUACAUAAAACGGAUACUCACCUUGUAGCAGUUUAGCGACGGUAAUGUAAAACUUGAUGCAGCAAUUAACCUAACAAACACUGGGUGAGCUUAUCCGGGUAUCAAGUACAUUUUGUUUUCAAAGUAUAUUUGAUGUAGGUGGUCUAGAGCCUACAUUACCCACCGCAUAUUCAAAACAAUAAAACACACAGAUUUCCAAUGCGCUCACUCCACCCGUUUACUGUCAGCUGCAUGGAGUCCACUUCUUACAACUAAAUCCUGGUUGUCAUAGUGAGUGUGUAUAUGCAGUUUUGCCUAGUCAUUGCUUCCUUGGGUUAAGUUUUUCUUGUGCAGCUGCAUUGAGUAAUACUCUCAUGUUUUAUUGUCUUUUUUUGUUCUUUUCUCCUUUCUCUUCCUUCUUUGUUUUUCUUUAAUUAUCAUUAUCAUUAUUUUUUGAAACAUGAUAUCACCCCAUAGCCCUUGCUGACCUAGAAUUACUCUGGUGGUUCUCUUGUAUCUGCCUCCAAGUGCUGGGUCACAGGUGUACACUACCACAUCUGCCUUUUUUUUUUUUUUAACUGAAGUCCUACAUGAAAAAUGACUUCUGUUCUUACAGUGGAGAAUGAACCUGGUAAAAGAAGUUGUUUGCUAUGUAUUUAUUCCUCCCCCCCCCACCCCUAAACAAGAUGGACUUUCUAAGUACUAUUCCAAAGACUAUGGUGGUGAGUCUAAUACAUUUUUGGUAGUUUUUAUACCUAACUUGUGUAUGAAGUGAUAUUUAUCAUAGGCUUUUUAAAAAGUGCAUUGCUUUAAGAUGGCAAUGUUUCCCCUCCUAUGUGCUAACAUGUCUUAAGCACGGCUCUGUGGAAGCAGUCAGACUUUUAUAAGCAACUGACUUUUUAAACCUAUCAACAACCGGCUUAGUGUAGACAGAUGAGAGCUGCUUUGUGUUGCAUCCGCUUGGCUGCAGGAGAGUCCUUGGCUGUACCUUUCUAGUACUUUCUUUACUGCUGAUCAGAAGUGGUGAGCACCCAUCAUUGUGUAAUUAAAUCUUGGAUGAUGAUCUGUCUGGUUCCAGAAGGGAAUGUCCCCUCGUUCUUCACUGAGAAGUCACACUGCCAUAGUGUGAGAGGUGGAAGCGUCCCAUCUUCCCUGCUCUUUCAAUGGCAGCAACCUGGCCCCGGGUGACAUUGAGCUUCACCUCAUAGCUCAAAGCAGGAGGAGAUUCCAAAGAAGGGGCGUGGCUGUGUGAGAGGCAGACAGGUGGCCCUUGGUGGUAAGCUCCCCAGGGAAGAGCCCCAUGCUGACCAGAGUGAUGCCUGGAGCCAUGAAGAGCCUUUUGGAACCGUUGUGCAUUGUGCUUUCACCUGGGACAUUUGUUCUGUUCAUGGUCUCUGUGGUUCACAGAAAGCAAGCCCAUCAUGGUUUUGAUGAAGGCACAUUCCCCCCCCCCAGAAAGACAGUUUAUUUUUCUAUCAAGGAAGCUAGUCAAUGCAAUUUUGAGUUUGUCAGAUGGAAGCCAGCUGUAACAGGGGAGGUUCUGCAGCACACUCCUACCAUCAUUUAUGGAAAGAUCGUGGCGUAAAGUGUUGGGACUUGGGAAAGAAAAGACUGAUGUUCUUUGGGUUGACAUGUGGACAUCAGCUGAUUUUAUUUCCCCUUCAUUUUACCUCCUUUUGUACACUUCGUGGAGUUUGGAUUGGAUUGGCAAGUCUCACUACUGUCCAAGGGAUACUGAGAAACUUAAAUCGUUGGAAAGCUCCUUACUGGUCCAGCUGAUAUAGAUGCAGGUUUUCCAGAAAUGCCAAUAAGAUUGUAUUUCUUGCUAACAUUAGCAUGUACAGGUUUAAGCCCCUGACAGUUUGCAUACAAUUAGGAUUUCAGAUGUGACUGAUUCCUGUACUAAGUGGACCAGUCUUAGAAUGUAGGCAAACAUACUUCCACUGAGUGUGAAUCUCUUAAGCAUUGCGUGUAGAUAGCUUUUAUUUCUGUGCAUUUAAAAAAAUUAGAAAAUACCUACAAAGUGAAAAUGAGAAGAAAGAGAAAUUAUUUUUUGAGAACAUUUUGGUAUAUAUCUCAUCAGGUAAUUGUUUCACCAUUUCUUACCCUAAUUACAAUCAAUCGUCUAGUUCAAAGAGAGGGAGAGAUUUGUUAUUGAUACUUAUAGACUUUAAAAAUGUCAUCCUUGGGGCUGGGGAGAUGACUUAGUGGUUAAGGCACAUGCCUGCAAAGCCUAAGGACCCAGGUUCGAUUCUCCAGGUCCCACAUAAGUCAGAUCAAUGCACAUGGUGGCACGUGCAUCUGGAUUCAUUUGCAGUGGCUAGAGGCCCUGGCAUACCCAUUCUCUCUCUCUCUCGCUGUCUUUAAUAAAUAAGUAAAAAAGUCUUCCUUUUCAUAUUAUCUAAGUUGAGGUAACCAAAAUUAUAUUUAUCACAGAAAACUCUCAACUCUCAAGACAUAAUUUUGAACAAAAUUGGAGAUUUUUUUUAAAGAAUUUCUUGACUAGGCAAAUGAAAGCUUAUUAUAAUAUGCUUGAGUUUUCUUUCUUCUCUCUGGAACAUCAACACCAGUAUAUUACUGGCAGCUAUUGUAUUAAAAAAUAAAUAUAUUUUCACUAUCAUAAAGGUAUCUUUUUUCUCCUUCAUUAAAAUAAAUAACUUGGUAUAAAAGUA